GAUUUUUCUCUGCCUAGAAAAACCGCUUUUGACUUUCUCUCUCUAAGAAUAGCACAAGAGCCAAAGCCUUAAAUAAACGGGACUCGUUCAUUGUGGCUCCCUAGUAGUCGCCACCUCAAUUGCAUGCCCUUUUAAUUCUCUCCCUGAAUUCCUUUUCUCCAGCAUUCAACCCUUGGCAUUUGCAUCAAACGCAAGAAAAGAAAACACAGAAAACCGCGAGGACCCAACAAACUCACUUGCAAAGGGUAGAAACUAGUAACCAACCAACUCUCAUCAUGGCAGUUGAGGCACCGCACAUCAAUCUCUUCCCUUCUCAGUUACUAACCAACAGAGAAAUGAUCAAACCCACCAAUCACAGCUUCUACAAUGGUUCCAUGCCUGCUGUUCCUUCAACAAUGCCUGAAUCCUUCUUACCCUUUCACCAAUCCACCCUCUGCGAUCCAAACUCCAUCAACAAAGCUGAUAGUGGCCUCACCUACCACAUCCCUGUCCCCAGAAAGCGUUCCAGAGACUCCAUCGCCGAAUCAAACGCUCUCCCAGUUCCACAGAAGAACAAAAUCUCUCCUCAACCAUCGUUUAUCGACCAAGAGCUUCUCUUCCAUUUCCAGAACCAACAAUCCGAAAUAGAUCGCAUCAUUGCACAACAUACGGAGAAGGUGAGGAUGGAGUUAGAGGAGCAAAGAAUGAGGCAAUCAAGAAUGUUAGUAACAGCAAUCCAAGAGGCAGUGGCGAAGAAACUGAAGGAAAAGGACGAAGAUAUUCAGAGAAUGGGGAAGCUGAAUUGGGUGCUUCAAGAAAGAGUGAAGAGUCUCUGCGUGGAGAAUCAGAUUUGGAGGGAGUUGGCACAGACCAACGAGGCCACGGCCAAUUCCUUACGCAGCAACUUGGAACAAGUGCUUGCCCAUGUUAGCGAGGACCACCCCCACAACACCGCCACUGCGGACGACGCCGAAUCGAGUUGCGAGAGCAACAACCACUGUGAGGAAGAGGUGUGUGGAAAGGGAAACGAUGCGGUGGUGGGAAGAAGGAUGUGCAGUGAGUGUGGGGUAAGAGAAUCAAUAGUGCUGUUGUUGCCAUGCAGGCAUCUGUGUCUAUGUACAAUGUGCGGGUCCACCGUUCAGGAUUGCCCUCUUUGUCACUCUGGCAUCAAUGCCAGUGUUCAUGUUAAUUUCUCUUAGGAAUUUAGCUUUUGUAUUUCAUUUUACACCAUCCCCAAAAUAGAUACAGUUUUUUUUUCCUUUUUCUGGUCCGAAGGACACUGUAAGGAAAAGAAAAUUAGAAUGUAGAAUUCUUUUGUUGAUACAAUUGUUUUUUUUUUUUUUACCUAUAAUCUGAUUCAUAUUUCUUUUUGCAUGUU